GAAGAGCUGGAGACAAGGCUGUAUUUUAUGUUUUCUUCUUCAACUUCAAUCUCCUUAUAAAUAUUCAUAAUUUUUCUUGAAUAAUAUUGCGAAACCCAUCUUUUUUUUUUCUCUUAAAUUUCUUUCCUUUUUGGCUGUUUUCUCAACUGGGUAUUUGAAUUUAUUUGAAUUUCGAAUUGGGUAUUCAAAAAGAUUGGUUUUUGAUGCCGAGCUUAAGUUCAGGCAUGUGAAAUUUUGUACCUUUCUGCAAAAUUUCCUCUGUUUUUCUUGGUUCUGGGGUCAAAAGUGUUUCUGGGUAUGAAUCCUAGUAACGGGAAAGGAUCCAUCUCCAUGGCUAGUCCCAGCGCCUCUUGGAGGGCUGGAGAUGGCGUUCCCGAUCAGUUUCCGGCGGGUCUGAGGGUUCUGGUUGUUGAUGAUGAUCCGACAUGUCUCGUGAUCUUGGAGAAGAUGCUUAGGAAAUGUCUUUAUGAAGUAACCAAAUGUGAUCGAGCAGAAACGGCAUUAUCUUUGUUAAGAGAGAACAAGAAUGGAUUUGAUAUUGUUAUCAGUGAUGUCCACAUGCCAGACAUGGAUGGAUUCAAGCUUCUUGAGCAUAUUGGUUUGGAGAUGGAUCUCCCAGUUAUCAUGAUGUCUGCGGAUGAUGGGAAAGAUGUUGUCAUGAAGGGUGUAACUCAUGGUGCUUGUGAUUAUCUAAUCAAACCAGUUCGUAGAGAGGCGUUGAAGAACAUAUGGCAGCAUGUUGUCCGGAAGAGGAGGAAUGAGUGGAGGGAUUUUGAGCAAUCAGGAAGCCUAGAAGAAGGAGAUCGGCAGCAAAAGCAAUCUGAUGAGGCCGAUUACUCAUCUUCAGCCAAUGAAGGGAACUGGAAAAACUCCAAAAAGAGGAAAGAUGAUGAAGAAGAACCAGAGGAGCGGGAUGAUACAUCCACACUAAAGAAGCCAAGGGUCGUUUGGUCGGUGGAACUCCAUCAACAGUUUGUUGGUGCAGUCAAUCAGCUAGGCAUUGACAAGGCUGUUCCGAAGAAAAUUUUGGAGUUGAUGAAUGUUCCUGGACUCACUAGGGAAAAUGUCGCUAGCCACCUUCAGAAAUACAGGUUGUAUCUUAGAAGGCUAAGUGGAGUGUCGUCACAUCCAAACAACUUGACUGGUUCUUUUAUGAAUCCUCAAGAAGCAACUUUUGGGCAACUCUCUUCUCUCAAUGGGCUUGAACUUCAAAGUCUUGCUGCCACUGGUCCAUUCACAGCACACAGUCUCGCCACACUACAAGCAGCAGGGCUUGGUAGGUCAACUGCAAAAUCUGGCAUUCAUAUGCCGCUUGUUGAUCAGAGGAACCUUUUUAGCUUUGAAAAUCCUAAGUUGAGACUCGGUGAGGGGCAGCAACAACUUAUGCCCAGUAAUAAGCAGAUAGGCUUACUUCAUGGAAUCCCGACAAACAUGGAGCCAAAGCAACUUGCCAAUUUGCACCAUACUGCACAAUCCAUUGGAAACAUGAAUAUGCAAGUCAAUUCCCAAGGAGGGCAAAAUAGCCAGAAUAAUUCUCUACUGAUGCAAAUGGCUCAGUCACAGUCAAGAGGGCAGAUACCUAAUGAGAUGACUGGUGGUCAUGUUCCAAGGCUUCCUUCAACCAUAGGACAGCCUAUCUUAACAACUGGAAUUGGUGCUAAUGUCUCUCCAAGAAAUGGAAUUCCAGAAAACAUCAGGAGCGCUGGUUACAAUCCUGUUUCACAAACCUCCUCAAUGUUGAACUUCCCCAUGAACAACGCUUCAGAAUUGCCUGUUAAUGGCUUCCCUCUAGGAAGUACUUCUGGAGUAUCCAGUCUCCCAUCCAAAGGGUCAUUUCAGCCAGAUGUUAACUCGGACAUUAAAGGAUCAGUGGGAUUUAUACCAAGUUUUGAUAUAUUUAACGACUUGCAGCAGCAUAAAUCCCAACAUUGGGAGCUAGAUAAUGUGGGCAUUACGUUUGAUGCUUCACGGCAUUCAAACUCUGCGCAAGGCAGUCUUGAUCUUGCACAAUCAGUUUUAGCACAUCAAGGGUUUCCUUCUGGCCAGAUGACAGGACAGAACCGGAACACCGCCACCAUUGGAAACACAAUGUUCUCAUCAAAUAAUGGAACUGAGAAUGGGAAUGCACAAAAUGUUAGCCCUCACCUAAACGCCCUUCUUUUCGAUAAUCCAAUAAGAGUUAAGACUGAGACAUUUCAUGAUUCUAAUCCUGCCAUUAUCUUUCCCGAGCCCUUUGGUCAAGAGGACCUCAUGAGUGCACUUCUGAAGCAGCAGGAAGGCAUGCCACCAGCUGAACAUGAGUUUGAUAUUGAUGGGUAUUCCAUGGAUGAUAUUUCAGUGUAGGGCAAUUCCCAUCCUCCAAUGUCUAUAUGGUUGCAGUUUCCAAUGUACAUAAUUGCUAUCGCAGAAUUCUUUCUCUUCUGCAAUCAGACUGCAGGAGCUCAACUUUCAGUUUUCCGCAAGAAACAGGGUUUUCUAGAUUUCAUAUACUGCAUCUUCCUUUGUGAAUAUCUAGUUAUGCUGGCUUCUUUUGGACAUAGAAGGAUCAGAGGAAUGAAUAAUCAGGAUUGACCAGGUUUCAUCUGUGCCAGAGCUAAAAUUAUGAAGCACUGAAGAUACAGCUGCGUAACAUGCAAAGGCACACCUGAAAAUUUUUGAUUGUUUUUGGUAGCAAAAGUUUAGCAAAGAAGCAACUAAUUGUAGGGUGCUUUUGAAGGUGUCAAGUCAUGAAGAAUAUUGCUUUUAGGCAGCUGCAGACUGUAGGAGCUUUUCUAUUCUGACUCUAAUAACAGAUUAAGUUUGCUGCUAUUUGUUUCUUUCAUUCUUCACAGAUUCCCCCUUUCCUGAUUGUCAUUCCUCUUUCCGGUUUCAUUUUAAUUAUUAUUUUUGUUGAAGGAAUUGACUUCGAUGUACAUAUUCCAUUUGAUUGCUCUUUAGACAUAAGUCUAAGCAUUCGUUUCUGGCUUCGUUCUUUUGUACUUAAAUUUGUUGAAAUUUUCAAUUGGUUUCUUCCGUUCUCUCCCAACUCUCCAUAUUCAUGGGGAUUCCUUUUUUCACAAGAGUUAUAGAUAUGAAGUUUUGGACAUAAACCUUGAAGAAUGGGAUUGCUUUUAUAAUAAAUAUGACGUAUGUUG